GGAAACGCGCUGCCGGGCUUCUGGGCUCCGCCAGGCACUGGCGGCUCCGUGGCGCUUCCUGCCACGCCGGGCCUGCUUACAACGCGCCCGCUCUUCUUCUGCAAGGGCCCAGAGUCAGGCGCCGUGGGCCGGGUGAGACCUUCCCUACAGGACUAAUCUCUUGGAACUGCUCUAAACAAGAUGAGUCAUCCCUGUGUGUCAUUUUUAGCUCCGCCUGCUCCCCAAGGUCUUGCCCUUCCCCAAGACGGAGCCCCAGGAAACCAGGUCCUGGCAGUCCCUCUUGAGAUGCUGGAGGCCCAGGAUUUGGUGUCAUUUGAUAUUGUACCGUGGCACCUCACAGAACAGGAGUGGCUGGGUCUCAGUUUGAACCCGGAGCAGCAGGCACUGGCAUAUUCCAGGGCUGUGACCUCCAUUGGAGUUCCUGUUGUGAGUCCUGCUUUGGUAUCUCACCUGUCACAAGGACAAGUUCUGUUGGUAUCUGAUCCAACCCUCAACACAGAUCACACUAAGCACCCUGAAAGCACCUCUGCGACUUCCCACCAGAAGAUGGGUGAAGAAGCCCAGCUGCAAGAGAUGGCGUCCACGAGUUCCCCGAGGGCCAAUGACCCCAGCGCUGAGGUCAAACAGAAUGGGGACUCUGGGGGAAGGGGAGGGAGCCCACAAAAUCUGCCCAUAGAACACCAUUUUGCAUGUAAAGAGUGUGGGGACACCUUCCGCCUUAAAGUGCUCCUUGUUCAGCACCAGAGGGUUCACAGUGAGGAGAAGGGCUGGGAGUGUGGCGAUUGCAGGAAGGUCUUCAGGGGGGUGUCAGAAUUUAAUGAGCACAGGAACAGCCACGCAGCUGUGGCCGCUCAGCCCCGGCCUGGCCCCAGUCGGGCUCUGGAAGAUGCCUUGGAAAAGAGGGAGCAAAUGGAGAGGGAGGCGAAGCCCUUUGAGUGUGAGGAGUGCGGGAAAAGGUUUAAGAAGAACGCAGGCCUUAGUCAGCACCUGAGGGUGCACAGCAGAGAGAAGCCCUUUGAUUGUGAGGAGUGUGGGCAGUCCUUCAAAGCCAACACCCACCUCUUUCGACAUCAGAAGCUUCACACUUCGGAAAAGCCCUUUGCGUGCAAGGCGUGCAGCAGGGAUUUCCUGGACCGCCAGGAACUUCUCAAGCACCAGCGGAUGCACACAGGCCACCUGCCCUUCGACUGCGAUGACUGCGGCAAGUCCUUCCGUGGUGUCAACGGCCUGGCAGAGCACCAGCGCAUCCACAGCGGCGCCAAACCCUACGGGUGUCCUCACUGCGGCAAGCUGUUCCGGAGGAGCUCAGAGCUCACCAAGCACCGGAGGAUCCACACUGGUGAGAAGCCCUAUGAGUGCAACCAGUGCGGCAAGGCCUUCCGCCAGAGCUCCAGCCUGCUGGAGCACACACGCAUCCAUAGCGGUGAGCGGCCUUAUGCAUGCGGCGACUGCGGUAAGGCCUUCCGAGGGCCUUCUGACCUCAUCAAGCACAGGCGCAUCCACAGCGGACUGAAACCCUAUGAGUGCGACAAGUGUGGCAAGGCCUUUAGGAGGAGCUCAGGCCUGAGCCGCCACCGUCGGAUCCACAGUGGGGUCAAGCGCUGUGAGUGCAGUGAGUGUGGCCGCGUGUUCAAGAGGCGCUCGGCACUGCAGAAACACCAGCCCUCCCAUCGCGAGUAAACACUGCCCUGGGAUCCAUAGCAGGUGUCUGCAGAGGCUAUGGCUCAGUCAAAGGAGAUGAACAGUUCUGUAGCGCUUAUCUACUUUAUUUUGUGAGAGGUUGAAAUGAUUUAUACUGCCACCAGCAAUUUAUAAAUAUCAAUGUUUCCCAGUACAUCUAUUGAGAGUAACUUUUACCACUUGAACAUAGAUUGGCUAUUUUUCCAGGCAGGAAGUACUAUCAAGGUAUUUCAAUCUUCACAUCUAGAAUGAGAAGAAAAAUCUGCAAAUGGGGGGGUCUAGUACAGAGCUGGGAGGUCCUUGCCAAGCUCUAUCCCUGAGGGAAAUGUAGUAUUGUUCAAUGGCAUCAAUAUGAAAGGAAAAUUGCCCCAAGGUGUUAGCCUACUUGAAUUUAAUUUUAGGGAUGUAAAUAGAAUGCUCAAAUGCCAUAAUAUUUAAUUUAUUAAUUUAGUAAUGCAUAUGCAUUGUAAAUCACAUUAUAUGAAAUAAUAUAUUAAUUUAGAGAAUAAUCCAUUUUCACCAUACUCCCUUUGUUUCCAAAUACUCCAUGUGCAUUUUUGACCUUACUAACAUGGGAGCCUGUUUGAGUGAUCUGAGCUAUGGUAGCACUGUGACAAUCCCUGUGUGAGGCUCUCACCAGAAGUCUCCUCCCAAGCCAUAACAACAUAUUAGUAUUAUUCUUUGUGUGUUUUUAAAUUAGCACUGUACCUACAGCAUCACCACCUAAAGUGGUGAUUUUUCAAACAUCACUCCUGGGUCAUACUCCUAGUAAAACUUACUGGGCUGGAGAUAAACUUUUUUCCUUUCAUUUUGCUAAGCCAGUUCAGUCCAGUGACCCCUAUGAACACCCCAAACAAACAUCAGUUGGGGUUUUUCCUCACACAGUAUCAUUUUAUUCAAAAGAAAGUGAGAGAGCACCCCCAAAUGAAAGGGACAUCUUCAGGACAUAAAGGUAAAAUGACACCUCCUCCUUGGAAGAUCCUUACAACACUCCCUCCAUUUGCAGCUUUGACGUGGGGAGUAGUCACAAUCCCUACCUCCUAAGAGUCUCCUAAGGAGUGUGCCUUGCAUGUAAGGAUACUACCUGGCAAGGAAGUGUAUGUACUCAGUGAAGGUCACUUACUGGCAUCCCAUAGCUCAUUAGCACCAGAAACAGGGACGGACCCCUCAAGCCUCCUGACUGCUAGUCUCAUCUUUCAUGCAAUGACUACAAUAGUAUUUCGGGUUCCUUGCAUGCAAAUUAUUUGUUCAUCUCCUUUGACUAGUUAUCAAUUUACCUUGGAUAUAUUGACUUUAUAUAGUAGUUCUUUCUAUAUCAAUUGUGAUGUUAUUUUCUAAUUUUUAUUGCUUUGGGUUUUUUGUACUUUAUUACAGUUUUGUUGUGUAAGUUUUAGAUUUUUUUUACAUAUCCUUGAAUUCUUUUUUUAUGUUAACCUGUGACUUUAAUUGCUUCCAUACUUACAUAUGAUGAUGUUUUCUUUGAGAAUUUAUUUACAGAAGAAAAGUUAAAUCGACUGCCCACCAAAAAAGUGACCAUACAAGGUGGGCAGGUUGGAUGAGAGUGGGCCAGAGAAGCAUGCCCAAGCCACAUCCAAGAUGCAGACUCUCUGUGGGCAGCACUUGACUAUACAACCUGGCCACUGAGGCACACUAGAGACAUGUCUGUCACACAUUGCUCAGAGCACUCUGUGACUGCUCAUCAUUAUAAGCCCCAGCCACUAGCAACAGGGCUCAGCUUCACCUAUACCAACAGAAUGGUCCCAGUGUGGCAACAGCUAGCCAUCCUUCAAGCUGUCGGGAGCCUUGACUAUUUUGGAUUCACUGGCUGAGCAGCAGCUCCAUCUAAGAAACAUCUCAGACACAGAAGAUUGACCUGACUGGUAAUGUUAUGUAACCUUCAUUCUCCUCCCAACAAGUGACUCUGGAAUGAGAGAACUUUGUGGUUUCUGCUUUGGGCAACUAGAUUGAGAAAUUUGCCCAUGUGUUCUGGCAUCACUUCCUACCGUCACAUCUAAGAGGGGUGACAUAUAGGCCUGGAGAAAAAUGGAGCUAUGUUCUUCCAGUAGCCUGCACACCAUGCCACAAAAGCUGGUUGCACCAGGUCUGGUCUAUGACUUGGAGUAGCCAUGCCCAAGAGGGCAAUAAAACAAGAUCAGAGGACAGGAAGCCACCUGACAUUCAUGUGGCACAGAAAUUGAAACUGAUCACACUGCAGUUGGGCCAUUGCUUCAAGCAAGCCCCCUCAGGAGAAGAAGCAGCAGGUGAAGAAGGUGGCCACAUCAGGGCUGUGGCCUGAGUUUCCAGUUGUGCCCUGACAGAUGUUGUAGGGCCAGAAAAUGUGCCAUUAUUGUCCCCUAGUUAGGGAGGUUGGGCUCUCUAUGGGGCAUAGCCUGAAAGGGCUUUCAGCCCCAUCCUGGGAAGCAAGAUCUAACUGACAGUGACCUCUGAUCUUGGUUAGAAGGGCCUCUCGAAAGCCCCAGGCCACCACAGUGGCCCUGUAGACCUUCUCUAUGCUGGAGAGAAGCCAACAACAGUUGCUACAUAGCAACUUCUGUUGCUCUGUGGGCUCAGUUCUGGUGGUUUCUUGUAAACCAGUCUGAACCCACUUCUUUCUCUAAUUACUUUUCUCAUUGUGAGCUGUUAGGACAUGCUUUUUACAGCUAUUAUUGGGUAAGGAAUGUUAACAUCAACAAGGGAGCAAAUAUGGCACCUUUACCUUGAAAGAAUGCCAUUUCUUGCUCAGUCACUCAUCAAUUGUCAAGGUUGACAAAAGAUAUUAUUGAAGUCUAGAAUAACACUAACUUGGAAGGUAGCAGUGUGAGAUGCCACAGAUAGGGCGUGGCAUCUCUUCCCAUCCCUUCCUACCCUCUUUUACUCUUUUCUAGUUUGGGUUCUGUAAUUUUUUUUCUCUUUAACAAAACCUUUUUCAGAGUUAACACUAAAAAUCGGUGUCUUUUCCAUGACUGUUGUCAGAUCAGCUUUUAAAUGGUGUUGGCAGUGAAAUCCCCACUCUCUCCAAAUGCAGUCCGUGUUGUGGCUUUAACAUGUGGCCCAUAGUUGCAUCCUUUGCCUUGGGUAAUGUGGGGGUGGAUUUCCUUGGAUCCUCUAGGUGUACUUCUAUGUCCAAUGCAAACGUGAGCAAGCUUCUUGCAGUGUGUGCUUGUCUAUGCAUUCGUGUAUCUACCUCAUUGCACUUUUCUUUCUAACCACAUGUAUUCUUGCAAGGGAUGGAGAGCAGCUGGAUUACCUAAUAUUCUGGCUGUCUAUAGAGAUCUAUCCCUUUACCAUAUUAAGAAAGAAAUACUCUGUGGCUUUUAUUAGUUUUUUAAUACUUGCUGAAGUUUUUAAAAAGCAAAUGUUUACCAUUUUGCUGCUUAUUAUGAUUAACUGUAUCAAUCGGUUGUAUCAUAUCCACUCUUGGAUUUACAGAACAAUCCCCACCAGAUCACCAGAAAGAUGGGUGGGCAUUUUUCUCCCAUGAUAUUGCAUUCUGUGUGCUUGAUUUUGUGCUUGAAGUGGCAUGACACCUGCCCUGCCUGCAGUCCUAGGCUGUGGCCCUGUUGUAUGCCACGUGACUUGCCACCUCACUUCUGGACCACACUAAUUAAGCCAACCCCAGACACCUGACCCAAAGGCAGCAACAAGCAGUCAGACCUGAUUGAAGAAGAUGGACUUGGCCUUUUAGGGCUAUGAAAAGCAAAAGAGGAAACUGAUGUAUCUAGUUGGUAUUGGAGGCAUGGAGGGACGCACAAGGUAUUUCAAGGAGUUGCUCCUGGAAGUAGAACCAAAGAGAUCUUGCUGGCCUGCCCAGAGCUGCUUGGGUCCUACCAUAGCAGGCCUGGCUGUAUGUUCUUGGAUUGCUGGCAGCUGUCUUCAUCAGUCUAUGUGUGUCCCCAGCAUAGACGCCUCCCCUCCCCUGCAAUGCCGUUAGCCAACUUGAAUGAACCUUGUGCUUUUUUUUUUUUAAUUUGUCAAGAGCCAAUUGCAUUUGACAGUUGGGCUGCUUCCCGAGAAGAUUCUCAUUGCUGGCUUUUCUCACAUUCUACCCAUCCAGAAUUCCUGGCCUAAAUCCAGUUGAUUGACAUGAACACCUAUUUAAAUGUGGUACUGUACUCUGUUCACUAAGAUGGGUAUAAAUCUAUGCCUUUUAAUUUCUGGGUUUAACCCAUGAUCUGUAUGAGUGUAGUUCCUUUUCUGAACAGCAUUUGACUCAUAACACGAGCUCAUUAUAGCCCAUUUUAUUCUAUUUUUGGAAGUGUUUUACUAUUUUCAGCAAACCCGCUAGAUUAGGGGAUUGGUGACACCUCUAUUCCUAGUGUACUUACAUUCUGUAGUUCACAUUACGUUGAUUUGAGUACUUUCAAAAAUAGAAGUGGUAUAUUUGAACAUGAUCCUCAGUGCUACUUGCGUAUCUCUGAGAAUAGUAGUUGUGUCCUGCCCAGUUUGUAUUCAGUUUUAGAGGCAUUCUUGUUCUUCCCUAGUCUGAUUCUCUUGUUGUUUUAUGGCACUCACUAUAAUCAGCCUUGCACUAGAGUUGUUUGUGGACUUGGCUUCUCCUCCCCUUUUUUCAGCCUUCCCCAACCUAUUAGAUUGUGAGCUCUUAGAAGACAGGGGUGGCCCUUUAUGUCUAAUCCCCUACCAAAUCUAGCACAGUGCCUUGCAUCUAGUAGAUUUUAAUAAAUAUAUGUUAAAUGGCA